AUGGCUUCUGGAGCAGAGAAACCAGCAGCAUUUGCUCUGUUAGUAUUCAAUUUCUUUCUCUAUUUCAUUAUCGUUGCAGCAUGGGCAGUAAAUCACGGAAUCGAGAAAUCGCACAAAACAGCUCGAAUUUUUCCAAUAUACUAUCGAUUUGGAAAUAUGGCUACUGGUUAUGUUGUAAUUAUGUCACUCUUAUCUGGGGUUGUGGGCUUCACCACCUCAGUUUCUGGAAUGGAUAAUUUGAUUCAAUGUGAUGGCCCAAACCUACAUGCAGCUGCUGCAUCUUCUUUGGUUACUUGGUUACUAACACUACAUGCAAUGGGGUUUGCCUGCCAAGAGAUUGAUAUAAGGUGGACUGAUUCAAACUUGGUCAGUGUGUUCAAUCACAUUGUUAAUAAACUUGAACUACUGGAGAUGGAAUACUUUUUAUAUAAAGAUUUUGUGUUGAGUACACCAUGUGACGACUAG